UCCCUCUCUUUUCUUUCAAUCCCAUCAAAAUUGUGAUGCAAAAUUUAAAUCAUCUAUAAUUGUCAAAUUACAGGGAAUAAUGCCUAUCAGUUUAAAUAGCAAACAAUCGUAAUAUUGUACACCUAUAGAGGCAAAGUGAUUGAAUUAUUGCAAGUGAAAUUUUACGAUUUCAAGUUACAAUAAGGAAAGAUACAAGGAAAGAAUCUUAUAAAAAAACAACAUCGCUGUUCUGUUUCUCAUUUUCUUGGUAUCGAUUUCUACCUUUUUUUUGUUGAUAUUUCUUUUUGUGAUUUGAAGUCAACAUUAUGAGUUAUCUUUAAACUCGCAUUGUUUGGCCGAGGUGAAAUACUAUGGAGGAUACAUCGUUUGUAUGUAGUUUGGUUACCGGUCUCUUUGUUAUGCUCAUUGUUGCAGAUGUUGGAUUGUGUGAUUUAAACGCUUCUUAAUGGGCUUUGCCUUAAUAGAGUUUGAUACAAAUUUAUUAUACGAUAAUACUCAUACCUACAAAUAAUUGAAAUUAUCUUACUCUUCAAACGGACUUGAACUUUUGCAAAAACGAGUCGCAAUCAACAUUAUUUACAUCUGUUAAUUAAAAAUAUAAUAUUUCAAUUUCUAUUUUGGAACCUCAAAGCCUUUUAGCAUUCGUUUUAAUUACUUUUAAUAGACAUUUACAAUUAACAUAGUAUCAUGGAUACGAGUGGUGAUGAACACACCAACGGAGCAGACUUAGAGAGAGCUGAUGACUCAGAUGAUAAUGGUAUUGCAACUGAAGAUUCCGUUCCAUCAACAUCGCAAAAAAGCCAAGUAGGAAGAAAAUCCUUAUCAGGUCAAAUUUGCUCACUUAAAACAUUAAUAGACGAUCAAAUCCUUGAUCCCGGUAAUAAUGUGCUCACAAUGGACUAUUUCGGGGCCAAAUUUGACGCUGAUCUAUUACCUAAUGGAAAUAUUAGAUGGUCUCAAUCGGAACAAAUAUUUUCAACACCUAGUGCCUGGUUUAACCAUUGUAAAAAACUUGUUAACCCAGAGAGUACCAACAGUAAACCUGGGUCUGCUUGGUCAUCCAUUAGGUAUAGAAGAAAGAGACUCGAUUCAUACAAACUUCGAUGGUAUCGGAAGCAGAAAAAGAUUGUCACCUCGGCCAACAUAUACGACUCAGCUAUGGCUUACUCAAAGGCAGCAUCAGAUUACUUAACUCAUUCACAGUCCAUUUCGCCUGAUUCCUCGUCCACACCUUUAACUUUUUUACCUGAAAACUAUCCCAUAAAGGAGAAAAAUGUUGUCGAACAUCAUACUCUUGCCAGUAAACUUAUUCGACAAGAUACUAGUGUCAUGGUUAAAUGUAUCCCAUUUAGUGCCCUGGAAAGAAUUCAGCCGUUUGCUUUAACUUUAUCUACCAAUGCUCUUCUUACUAUUGAUUUCCACUGUCAUUUAACUACUGGUGAAGUUGUUGGCUACCUUGGUGGCUCUUGGGACAUCACUAGCCAUAACUUAUCUAUUCUUCAAGCAUUUCCAUGUAAAACGAGACUAGGUGAUAAAGAAAGAUCAUUAAAAGUUACAGAAGAAAUAAGAAAAAAUUUAGAACAAAAAAAGCUUAGUAUUGUUGGUUGGUACCAUAGUCAUCCAAAGACAGCUCCUCAACCAACCAUUCGGGAUAUUGAAGCUCAAAUGGAGUAUCAAAUAGCCAUGAAAGGAGAGAAUGAUUCUACUUAUAUUCCCUGCAUUGGUCUUAUUUGUUCACCUUAUGAUGAUGAUAAUCCUAGGUUAACUUCAAGGUAUCAAGCUUUUUGGGUGAUGCCUCCAAAUGAAUUCAAACCCCUUGAGUAUGGAAGACCUAUGCAGAUGACCUACAGUAUAACCAGAGACUCAUUUUUAACUCAAGACUUAUUAUUGGACAUGCGUUUAUUAGCUCAUUAUUACAUCGAAGGUCCUGAUGCUAUUAAAUUCGAAGAAGACUAUCGUAAAGAUAAAACGUAUUGGCAUAAACUUCAGUCAUCCUUGAAACCUUUCUUACCAAGAGAUCUUACCACGACUGUGAACCAAACUCAAGCUCAGACUCAAGUCCAACAACAAGCAUUGUCUCAUUUUUGGGCUUUUUUAAAAGGACUCAUAAUCCCUUGAACUCUCUGAAAGUGAAAAAAAUUGAAUCUAUCCAUUCAAAAAACUCUCUAAAUAUAUUUAUUCAUAUAAGCAUUAACCAAUUUAAAGAUUCUUGAUCUCAGCAAUAACAAACCUGAAGGAAAAUCUUAUACAUAUAAAGUGAACAAACUAUAAUAUGUAUAUUUUGACACUCAACUAGAUCUUACAAAUGUAAACGCACAGUAACACAUCUUUUUCAAUAUUUAAACAUGACACUUUCCAAUUAUCAUUGGCUCCAAGUAUCAGAAUUGCAAUCUCCAUCGCGGUAUCUGACAUUGUAUAAGUUGUACUGGAAAACAUGUCUUUUUACCAAAAUCGAUAAUAAAACCAUGAAAGUUUACAUCGAAA